ACUUUGAAACAGGAGACAGAGGCAUCAUGGUUUGAGUUUGAGCUCCAGUAUUCCCAGUAUUCCCAGUUCUCCCAUUUGAUGACCAAGGAAGAUGAAGGUGAGGUGGAAAGAAACAGGGAGCAGCUGACUCAGCAGUGGAGAGGACAACAGAUGUACCUCCAGAGCAGGAUGAAAUCUUUGGAGAAUACAGCUGACCUGAUGGAAUCUGCAGAUGGUCACAUGGUGCUGAUCACUGAAAGCCUGGAGCGGAUCGCCAGAGACUCUGUGGACAUUUCCUCCUUCUCCCUGACUGAUGCCAGACUGGAAUCUGAUUUAAAGGAGAUGGAUGACGGACUGCGGUCUGAAAUGAGAAAGCUUUCAGAACGAGUUGCAGAAGAGGAAAGAACAUCCCCUUCAUCGCUCUGCCAGGCUCUCCACAACAGCCUUCAUCACCUUCAGCAGCUCAGACAGCGGCUGGAGGAGGUUCAGGCUGCCGCUCGGGCUCUGAAAUGCUUCCUGGCCACAGUAAGAGAAGUGGAGGCAGAGAUCCCAGCCCUGCAGGCCACCCAGGACUCCAGAAGACAGGAACAUGAGUCAGACAGGCAGCUGGAGAGACUCUCUUGGCAGGCAGCGAUGCAGCAGAGGUUACAGGCUGCCAGGACUCAGUCUGAUGGCGUUGACAGCACUUUAAAAGCAGCGGGGAUGACUCUGACUGUGGACGGUGCCAAUGUGACGUGUCAGGAUGUGGUGACAUCAUUGUCCAAGCACGUUCUGGAAGUCGAGAAAGAGCUGAAGAGGGACGGCAAAGAUGGAUUCUUUUCAGUUAGAAUGAAGCAAACCCAGCAGCUGAAUCCUAAAGAGAUACUUCAGACAACACCUGGGGAGGAUUCAGCACAGCAGGGGGGAGCGCAGGAGCAUCUCACCGCGUGUAAGAUGGACGAGGAAGCCAAAAGGAGAAAGCUGGAAGAAGAUGAUGAUAAAAACACACUUAAGAAGGAGGAGGCUCCAACACGGAAGUCUGAAGGGAAUGCGUUAAAAAACCAGAGAAGAAGAAGGAACAGCCAAGUUAAGAAAGAAGGAGAGAAGAAGAGUAUGGUCCAGAGGAGGUUUGCUUUGUUGGGUUCCCUGAGGGAGAUGAGAGGAGCCGCUGAGCAGCUGAGGCUUCAGGAGCCCAGCCUGCCCGCGCUGCAGCACAGGACUCGUGCAUUGACAGAGCUGGAAAGUCGACUUGCUGGCCACCUCGCUGAGCUGCAGCACAUCCGAGAGGAAUCCUCACAGUCUGAUGUGAGUCAGACCAGAGAGGCCGAGGAGCUCUGGGAGGAGGCCACAAAAGCUGUAACUGAACGGCUGGAGCAGUGUAACACGCUCACAGAGCUGCUGAAGAGGUUUCAGAGCAUCCGUGGGGAUCUGAGCGGGAAACUGCAGAGCGCGGAGAGCACCAUCAGUGAGCAAGCGUCCUACAUGGGGAGAGAAAACCUGCAGAGGCUACACACUAAGGUCCAGGACACUAAAUCAGAGCUGAACGGCCUGGGUGACGGUAUAGAGGAGGUCCGCAGUGUCUGCAGGCAGCUUCACACUCAUCUGCGUCAGAUCCCAGAAUGCACCAUGAUCCCAUUUGAGGACGAAGCGGAUGCUCUCAUGGACCGCUGGCUGGAUAUAUCAGAGAGAACAGAUUCCCACCUGGAAAGCCUGCCUCGGGGCCUGACUCUGUGGGAUGGGGUCCUGCAGCUGGGGGAGGAGGUGGAGAGGUGGACGGCCAAUAAACUAGCAGCAUUUGCUGAGUGUCCUUCCUUUCAGACAGAAGAAGACAUCAGUGCCUUGCAGAAUGAGAUUGUGACCCAAGAGGAGAAUAUGGAGCAUUUCCAUCAAAGAGCCACAGAGAUUCAGGCACUGCUUCAAAGCACAGAGCCCCCUCUGGAGCUUCAGGUGGUGGAGACCCAGAUGAGGAAGAAGAAAGAGCAGCUGCAGGAGCUUGUUUCUGAAGCGGAGGACGUUUACAGGCAGAUGGUGGCUGCCAAGGGACAAAUCACUGUCAGGAUGGCAGAGUGCUUCAGCUCCCUCCAGAAGAUUCAGGACUCCCUCCUCACUCUCACUGGUGCAGAUGUUGAAACAGUCCUUGCCAAACUUAAGGAUCUGCUGUUCGAGCUCCAGGCGCAGGACGAGCAGGCGGAGAGAGUGCAGGAGGAUCUGAAUGUUAUGGCCUCCAUAGCGAGUCCGGUCAUUCUGCAGAGUCUGUCUGCAGACGGGGUUCAGCUGCAGGAGAAAGUCAGAAACACCCAGCAGCUCUUCUCUGAGGUGGAAGAGCAGACUGUGAGGAAUAUCCAGGAUCUGGACAGGCUGCAAAGGGAGACUGAGCAUAUACGACAGUGGUUGGAGGGCGCUGAGGAAAAAGCAGCGAAAGACGAGGAUCUAAGUGUCCUGCAGGAGGAAGCGCUUCAACAAAGGGUGAGGACAGAGGAGCUCAACCAGCUUGUGUCCUCCUUGCAGAGCAGCAACCUUCAGCAGUGUGCUGUGGUGGAGCAGAGCAGGAAACUUCUCCAACAAUACCACAACUUCAUACAGGGCUCCACGGAGGAGCAGAGCUCUCUGAGCAGGGACAUGGAGGAGUUUCAGACUCCUCUGAAGUCCACUCAACCCUCUGAUGGAGAUCUGAGAGGAACUGUUGAUUCUCCGCUUGGUGAAAACCUCUCCACCCAGAGUCUGGGUUUGUGUCCCCGCCUCGAGGAAGUUGUGUGUAAUGAGGAACAGCUUGGCCAGUCCCUGCAGGCUGUCAAUCAUAAACUGACAUCCCUGCAGGGAAAGAUGUCCGCCUGUCAAGCUCAGAAAGAAAGCUCCGCUGCUCUGAUCACUGAUUCACCGGCUCUGGAGGCUUUGCUUCAUGAAGUAACCGACGUAGAAAAAGACCUUUCACAAAUUGCAACACUCAAGGACACCAUUACAGCCAUUUCUACAGCUGAGGCCCAGGCCAGCCUCUCUCAGGAAAUCAGCAACCUGCAAAACCACCAGAGGGCGCUAGACAGCAGCAUCAGAGAACAACUGGCACUGCUAACAGAAAACUCACUUCCUGCUCACAACAAGACUUUAAUAACUCGGCAAGAGAACAUUCAACCAUUGCAGACGGACACUAUCUUAAUCCAGGACUCACAAUUUCCAGCUAUUGGCGAAGACACUCCGGAAGAAAUCAAAUCAGCACACUGUGUCACAACUCUAGUUGGAUCCCAAGCGACAGAACUAAACCACUUCCCCCUUUCUACCCCUGGAAAUGUGUCUGAACAUCGAGCAGCACAAUCGGUUACAGGUGCUCAAGAACAAGAGACGCAGUUAGGUGUAACACAGAAGAAAGUGUUUACCAUAGUGUUGGACAUGGAGCCACACCACAUGCAGGAAAAUGACAGUGUUGGCACAGCACAAUCUGAGACAUUGACAACAGUUACUGGUGCUCAAGAAAAGAGGGAACGCUGUGAGGAUAUCAGUGUGAGUCCAGCUAAAGUGUUUACAAUAGUGCUGGACAUGGAGAUGCCUGACUUCCAGCCACAGGACAACGUACACAUGCCAAGUACUCUUGAGAAUAAAUCCAGAGUCUCUUCAACAUUAGAUGAGACAGACUUGAACAUCCAUUAUUUAAAGAGCCAUGCAUUAAAUGAGCCUCAAGUGGAGGACACCCGGACCCCAAUGGUGUUAAAGGAAAUGGAGGAUUCUCCAAGUGCCAAAGUAUCAUGCAAAGAAAAGUCACAAACCAAUCCAUUCAUGCAGAAUGAGGUGUUGAAUCCCUCCAAAUCAUGCGGUGUUGUAACUGAACGUGAGCUCACAGGUGGUGCACAUGCAGCAGAAACAACAUGUCCGGAUGUGAAGCAAGAAGAAAUGACAACAUUUCGUCACGUUGAGAAGCAAACAAUGAACUCAGUCUCGUCCGCGGUGGAGGGAGAAGCCUUACCUGACAAACAAACACCUGCUGCAGACAUUAAACAGCUGACGGCUGCUGACACUGCUCAGAGCGCAGGUACAGGACAGUGUGAGAGAGAAGAGGGAGGGAACGCAGGAGGAGAGGCCAAACCUGAACAACCCCAGGCCAACGUUUUAAAGGUGACAAAAAGACGAUACAAAGCUGAGCUGCUGUUUGAAGGAAGUGAAUGGAAGGGACCUGCAUCGCUGGAGGACACAGAGGGGACACAGGGACAGCUGCAGAUGGAGGACAGCAUGGAGCCCGAGAGGACAGCUGGGGGGGCGACAGGUGAAUCACCAGAGUCCUUCAAACCCAAGUCCACCAUGCGGGAUGUUUUGUCAGAGAUCCAGAGCUUGGUGGAAAAAAGUAACAUAAUAAAUCGAGACCCACACAUUGAUUUGAAUUGGUACCUGAAGUCCUCUCCUGGUGAACCAGAGAUCCGAUUGGUACGAACUGUUCAAAAGGUCCUGGCAUGCCGCUAUCAACCAGCACGACUCGAUGUCCACGUGAUGACCGAGCAGCUGCAGGAGGCCGAGGACUACAGGUGCCGUGUGCAGGAGCAAGUUGCUACUAUGAAAAGCAUGCGCAGUGCGGGUAUGUGUGACCCUGAAGCCCUGAAAAGAGUGGAGGGGCAGUGGAGCGCUGCCCUGCUCGACGCCUCGGCCACAGUGCAGGUCAAAGCAGCUCAGCUGGACCAGGUCCAACAGUACCACAAACAGAUGAGGAUCACCAGAGCUUUCCUGGAGGUUGUAGCAGCGGAGAAGGACAAGAUGGCCUUAGGCUCUCUGGGUAGCAGUGCCCUUCAAGCGGACAGACUCAACGCCCUGCUUCAAACCAUGGUGAAGAAAAGAGACAUAAUGGAAGAGCUCCUCCGGUUGAGUAGCCAAUUUUCCGUCCAUUUGAGCGACGCUGAGAGUUCGGGUGCUCUUUCAGCCCAGCUCGGAGAUGUCCAGGAGGAAUGGAAGCUUUUAGAAGGAAGCAUCCAAAGAGCUCUUCAACAUGCCUCAAGCUCCACCUCUCAGUCCUUGCUUUUAUUACAAGAGGCCGAACAGCUUAAAGCCAAGCUGGAAGCUCUUGGGGAAUCCAGCUUUCAAAGCCAUGACAACAAGAGCGCUUUAGAAGUUGUUUGUCUGACAACAGACCUUAAACUGUACAACCAGCUUUAUGUGCACUUACAGUCCCAGGCAGACGCUCUCGUCCAUUUCUCUCUGGGUCAGAAAGAGAAGGAUGAAAUCAAACUUAGUCUUCAGGAACUAGGGUCUUUGCUAAGUGUCAGCAAAAGCAAGCUUGGCACUUCCACAACCAGCAGUGGCGACGUUUCCUCCGCUAAAAUCAGCAAGCAACUACAAGACUUGAUCAUUGGGGCCAAGCAGGCAGAAAACCACAUCUCCAUCGGGAAGAAGUUAGCCCUUUUCCCCGAGGAGGCCCGUGUUCAGAUUGUCGAGAUGAAGAAAUUUCAGACUGAUAUUUGGUUUCGAAGGUCCAAGAUGCAGGUGGAAGUUGAGCAGAUCAAAGAGACACUCUCUGAUAAGGAAAAGCACGAAAGUGACCAAGAGUUAAAGACGAUAGAAGACCUCUAUGAAGCCAUCGCUGACAGCUUGGAUCAUGUUCUCGACACCAUGAAGAAGAGUCUGCAGGAGAGGGAGAAACUGUUGAGCCAGCUUGCUAGCAUGGAAGCCUGGCUAGCACAAACACAUGCCGAAAGAGACCCCUGCACCCAGGUUGAGAAUGUUUCAAAAGCUGACAUCAGGAAGCUGGAGAGCAAGCUGAAAAGUCAUACAUUAGCCACAGGGGAGAUAGAGAGCCAACUUAAAGACGUAGAAGCAAUGGCCGACAGUUGCAGGGACAUAGCUGUCGGGUUGAGUCCAGGAGAGAGCCGCUACCUCGUCAACAGGAUGUCAGGACUCCGCACAGAGUUAGAGGGACUGCUAGCUCAUGAAAAGGCAGCCUGCUGGGAACUAGAAGAGCUGAUUCAUGAGCGAACCACUUCGGAUGAAGAGCUAUCAACUAUCCAGACCAGUUUAAAGCAAAUAUCCAGAGAUUUGGAGCGGCAAAGAUUCCCUUUAACGCAGGAAACCCUCACAACAUGCGCACAUUUGAAGCACAUGCUAAUAGAGCAUCAGUGUCAAGUACAAGAGCUGCAGCACUGUCAGGAGGCCAGGAGAUGUUCGCUGCUGUGCACCAUUGGCGAACUGCAAGACCAGUGCAAAGCUCUCAGUAUUAACGCCAUUGAGCAAGACAAAUAUCUGCACCUCAGGAGACAAAUGGAGGAAUCCAGGGACAUCGCCGAAGAGCAAAUCCAGCGAGCCAAAGAUAAGACGAUCAGUGUGGGUGAGAGGGUCAGACUCUGCCAAACACUCUUGGUUGAACUCCCCCUGGUGAAGACGCAGUGUCAGGAAGCAGCAGACCAGCUGGAGGCCAUAGCUCAGGAGUUGUACCCGUCUGAGUGUGACUCAGAGAAGCAGAGGAUCCGCAGCACUGUGGAAACGUUAGUCUCCUGGGAGCAUUCGGUCGCAGAUGAUAUCAAAAACCUCGAGGCCAAGCUUCUGCUAGGUCUGCGGUUCUCCUCCGAGCUUCCUGCCUUAAUAGAGCUCUUCCUGACAACACGAGACGAGUUGCAGCGAGCCGAACCGGUAACCCCAGAUGAGAAAGCCAUAGAUAUUGCACUCAGAAGGAACUGGAUUAUCUGGAGGAAUAUGGAGUCUGGGAUGAGGGUGUUGGGAGGUCUGGGGCGGAAAGAAAAAGUGAACCUGAAGAGCUACGAGGAACUUUACUCUCUUAGGGAGGCAGCCAUGCAAGAGUGCCACUUAAGAAUGGAGAGUUUAUGCCAGGCGAGAGAAUCCUUGAAAGAUUACCAGUGGGCGGCUCAGGGAGCAAUAGGCUUCCUUCAUAACGCAGAGGCCACUUUCCUAUCAGCUCCUGGAGGCUUCCUCGACUGCACUGAGGAGCAAAGGCAGACUCACCAGGCUCUGGAGGCUCUUGAGGACGGAUUUCAGGCUCACAUCUGCCACCUUGUGGAGCUGGUGCCCCAACAGCCCUGCCUGUCCCGCCCCAAGACGGAGCAGCUCCACAUCUGCAUCCUCAGUCAGCUGUUGGUGGGACGAGCCAUACUGGAGGCCCAAGCUCAGCUCAGGCUGGAGUCCUUGCAGAGGUGUGAAAUUAGACAGCUGAGCCACAGAAAGUGCCAUGAAGACAUACGUCAGCGCCUCUCAGGAUUCGAAGCCAAGCUUUCAGAAUGUGCUGCAGAACAAGUCACGUCGUAUGACAAGUGUGUGGCCCAACAAAGAGAAGCAAAGCUCUUGAUGGAAGGCCUCCGCANCCUGGCAGGGAAGAUAGAAGAGCUGAGAGCCGGCUGUCCGAUGCAGGGCUGUGGAGUCGGAAAGGACGGCGAGCUUGGCGCCCUCUGGAGGCGCUGGGUGUCAUUACGCCGUGGGGUCGGCCUCCUCAUGGCGCACACAGAACAGAAAGGAGAGGAAUGGAAGGACAUCACUACAAGU